CCCCUUGGGUGUACAACCAAUGGGCACCCGGCCAGGCGGUGUCCGGCUCCUCUCAGUUAGGGAUCGCGUUUGGGAGCCCCGGGUGUUAACAGAUUGGGCGGUCUUCCCUCCGGCAGAGGUUAAAUCUAGUAAAUGGUGAAGUACUUGCUGGCCAGAAGGCAUUACGGACCACAGGGUCCUUUGGAAAGUAUCCUGACCUUCUGGUCAACCCAGCCUCACCAACAGAGUGGGUGAAGUGCACAACCUUCAGCUUUGGCUGGCGACAAGGAAAACUCAGUGAAGCUGGUGUAACUGAGGCACGGCCGUGGGUGGCCCCCAGACGGGUCCUUCGACCCAGGACCUGGGUACGUGGGGGAGCCCUUGCAACCUCCUUUCUUUCAUCCAAACGCAGACCCCAGAUGGAGAAGGAUUACGGGAGCAUGGCGUUCUCAACCCUCAUUUCUGUCUCUCUCUUGCGGUGUAUAUAUUAAAGUGAGGUGAUUCCUAAGCAACUGGGAACGAGAGGCUGUAAAAGGGGCUGCAGGAAAUGGACUGCAGUAUAACAUCAAGAAGCAGAGCUUGAAGGUUUAACCACUGACCCAUUUCACAGCCCUCAAUGGGUUUGGGGACCAGUUCCAGGAGGAAGAGUUGAGCUGCUACUGCUUAAGGACCUGGAGGGGACUCCCAUUUCCCAGAAACUUGAUGGUGAAGUGCUGGUGGUAAUUUCGAAAGAGACCAUCCACAUUUUGAAAAAAUCACCCAGGGACUUGGACAGAGUGCUGGGAGCCUAAUAAAGUGACUUGGAAGCCAUAAUGUUUUAUGCAUUUAUGGACCAAAAGAUGGAGUUGUUUUUUUUUUAAUGUAAAGAUAUUGUCAGUGAUCUGAUACAACUAUAAAUAUUUAAUUGAUGAAGAUUCAUGGACUUGUCACUGUUGGCCUAUUCAUAAAGUUUCUUCAAUCACAAUUUCUAUUUGAACAUUCAAAUGUCAAAGAAUACUGGGUUUAAAAUGGUAUAAUGAUUUCUUUUUCUCUGAGGACUGGAAAUUUCAUAGAGACCACAGUUGGUUCCAAUUAUAUCCUCCAGUCAAAGUGAUUCAGCCAUUUGAUAAAGUUAAUUUUGAAGAGUUUUGUGUUUAUGAACAACAUCCAAAAGAUGGGAGAAAGAAAUGGUGAUGCAAAGACUUUCUGGAUGAAGCUGGAAGAUGAUGGAAAAGUAGACAUGAUAUUUGAGCAAGUACAAAAUGUGCUGCAGUCACUGAAGCAAAAGAUCAAAGAUGGGUCUGCCACAAGUAACGAAUACAUCCAAGCAAUGAUUCUAGUGAAUGAAGCCACUAGAAGUAACAAUUCAAUACUGAUAAAGGGUCAUAAGUCUGUGACUGAGAAUGAAGAGGAAAACAAAUCACAUUCAUGGCCAUCUACAUCAUAUGAAGAAUCCUUUCCAGAAGACUGUACAGUUCUCACUACAAAAAAUAAUGAAUCUCCCCCUCUGAGAAAUAAAGCUGUGGACUUUGGAGAAAAAGAAUCCUCUUUGAAUUUAUCUUACCAAAGUCAUGACUGCUCUGGUGCCUGUCUGAUGAAAAUGCCACUAACCUUCAAGGGAGAAAACCCUCUGCAGCUACCAAUUUCAUGCCACUUCCAAAGACGACACGCAAAGACAAACACUCAUUCUUCAGCACUCCACGUGAGUUAUAAAACCCCUUGUGGAAGGAGCCUACGAAACAUGGAGGAAGUUUUUCGUUACCUGCUUGAGACAGAGUGUAACUUUUUAUUUACAGAUAACUUUUCUUUCAAUACCUAUGUUCAAUUGACUCGGAAUUACCCAAAGCAAGAAGAAAUUGUUUCUGAUCUGGAUAUUAGCAAUGGAGUGGAAUUGGUGCCCAUUUCUUUCUGUAAUGAAAUUGACAAUAGAAAGCUUCCACACUUUAAGUACAGAAAGACUAUGUGGCCACGAGCAUAUUAUCUAAGCAGCUUUCCCAACAUAUUUACUGAUUCAUGUGACUGCUCUGAGGGAUGCAUAGACAUAACAAAAUGUGCAUGUCUUCAAAUGACAGCAAGGAAUGCUGAGAUUUGCCCCUUGUCAAGAGAUAAAAUAACCAUUGGAUAUAAAUAUAAAAGACUACAGAGACACAUACCAACUGGCAUUUAUGAAUGCAGCCUGUUGUGCAAAUGUAAUCGACAAAUGUGUCAAAAUCGAGUUGUUCAGCAUGGACCUCAAGUGAGGUUACAGGUGUUCAAAACUGAGAAGAAGGGAUGGGGAGUACGCUGCUUGGAUGACAUUGACAGAGGGACAUUUGUUUGCACUUACUCAGGAAGAUUAUUAAGCAGAUCUAACACUGAGAAACCUGAUGCUAUUGGUGAAAAUAGAAAAGAAGAAAAUAUUAUGAAAAAUGUGUUUUCAAAAAGGAGGAAAAUAGAAGUUGCAGAUUGUGAGGUUGAAGUUAUCCCAUUAGAAUUGGAUAGAAGUGCUAAAACUGAAGAGUGUCCAGCUAAGUUUAAUAAUAAUCAAAAGAAGCCUGUUACAGAUAUGAAAUGUAACAAUAUUUCAAGAAUUCGGUAUCAUUCAGCCAUUAGAACUCUGAAGACCAAGAUAGCUAUUUUUCAGCCUGAUGGGAGAAAGAUGGGAUUUGCUUCCUCAGAAUCUGUCACUUCCGAAGGUAAUGAUGGAUUUAAACCAACUCAAAUACAUCUGACCACUAAAGCCAACGAUACGAAAAAUCGUUUAUUAGUGAACGCAAGCUCAAAUCAAGUUGAAGAUUCUGAAGACAAACUCCUGAUUGAAUCAGAUGUGAUAGAUAUAACUAAAUGUAAAGAAGAAACUUCACUGAGGGGCAGAUAUAACGAAGCAACCACAUUGGAUAAUCAGAAUAUUAUGAAGGAGUUUGAGGCUCAAAUACUAAAGCCCCAAGAGAAAAGAUUUCGAGCAUGUCAAAACCAGCAGGUUGUUUGUAGUGAAGAAUUGUCAAGUGAAACGAAGAAUACUUCUGAUCAGAUGAAUACUUCAUCUGAUUCUCUAAAGUUCAAUAAAGGAAAUGUGUUUUUACUGGAUGCCACAAAAGAAGGAAAUGUGGGCCGCUUUCUUAAUCAUAGUUGUUACCCAAAUCUUUUGGUACAGAAUGUUUUUGUAGAAACACACGACAGGAAUUUUCCAUUGGUGGCAUUCUUCACCAACAGGGGACUUUCCGCUGAGCAGGGGAAAUCAGCCUCGCGGGUUGUAAGAAAACCAAAAGGCUGCUGCCAAACUUCCGGAAGCGCGAGCGCAGCGCUCAGCCGUUGGACGGCGGGGAGCACAGCCAUGGACCCAGCGCCCCUGGCCUCGCCUGAGUUGGCCUCUAAAGCCAGCUCGUCCGAGGCGCGAGACCCACUCUCCCCGACAGGUGUCUUCCAGGUUGCAGAAAAGAUGGAAAAAAGGACAUGUGCACUUUGCCCCAAAGACCUCGAGUGUAGUGUCCUGUAUUUCGCACGAUCAGAGAACAUAGCUGCUCACGAAAAUUGUUUGUUAUAUUCUUCAGCACUUGUGGAAACUGAGGAUCAUGAUCCAUGUAAUUAUGAUAGAAGUUUUGAUGUGGAAGCAGUAAAGAAAGAAAUCUGUAGAGGAAGGAGGUUGAAAUGCACAUUUUGUGGUAAAAGAGGAGCUACCGUGGGAUGUGAUGAAAAAGCCUGUGCCAAGAAUUACCACUUUUUCUGUGCCAAGAAUGACCACGCAGUUCUACACACUGGAUCUGAAGGAAUUUAUAAAGUGUUUUGCCAACAACAUGCUCCGAGAGAAACUCAAUCUGGCCUACUCUCAGUAAAGCCAUUGUCUGAUGUUUUCCAUCCUCACUACAAUCAGAAGACGACACCAAGACAAGCUCAUUUUUCAAGAGUAAAAAGAAAAAGAGGAAAGAAGAAAGAUCUCGCAACAAGCACUUCUGUACAGCUACCUGAACCAAUGACAUCAAAUAUGUCCACAAAACAAAUGAAAGAAGAGGAUGGAAGAAACACAGAUGCAAUUGUGAAAGCUGCUUUCCUUAAGAAAUGUAAGGAUGCAGGACUUCUUAAUGAUUUAUUUGAAGAAAUAUUAGACAGACUCCAUUCAGUUCAAAAAAGACUUAUGGAUGAGACUGCUUCAGAAUCAGGAGCUCUAUGGGAAGCUCAAGUUCCAUUCAUACGUUCAGACUAUGAAGAAAUUGGGACUUCACUUUUUGACUGUAGAUUGUUUGAAGACACAUUUGUAAAUUUUCAAGCAGCAUUAGAGAAAAAAAUUCAUCAAUCUGAAGAAAAACGGCAGCAGAUGGAGGAAGAGAUUAAGCUACUUCAGGACUUAAAACAAACCUUGUGCUCUGUUCAAGAAAAUAGAGACCUUAGGUCAAGUUCUACUUCAGUAUCUUCUCUAUCUUCUUAAGAAUUACUAUUUCCUAGGCCAGGAAUUCAGCACAGUUGCAAGCAGGUUGAAAAUUGGAGACGAGGCUGUGAAAGUAGCACAUCUCUAGGACAAGGCCUCUCAUGUCUCUGGUCUGCAAAUCUCAAUCCUCACUAGCUCUUAUCUCUUCGUGCCUAAGUGGGUGUUUAUUGCCUCCCACUUACUAUCUCACUUUUCUGACAAAAUGUUUCUCAAAUUCUAGAGUAAAUUGGAUACCAUCUCUCCCACCCUCUCUUGAUACAGUACCUCCUACAACUAUCCUACUCCAGUGAUCUAGGGUGAUUCCAGUAACACCAGGUGCUCCUAGCCCCAGGGCCUUUUGCAAUCCUGUUGUGAAGUCUAAGUGCUCUUAUUGCCUUUCUCUGACUGCUCCUUCUACAGAUCUCAUACCAGUUCUCCCACUUAUUCUAGCUUAGAGUACUUUCCCUUCAUAACCCACUGUAUCUUACAUCACACUAGUAGAGAAUAAGCUCUCUGGGGGUAGGAACUCACUGCUCAGUGUUUGCUCACUAUUAAAUUCCCAGCACCUAGCAUGCUUGAAAAAUGUUUGUUGAAUAAACGUAUAAACUAUUUUUAUCUUUUGAGACUAUUUCUAGCCCAUAUCUCUAAGAUAUAAUAAAUUUGAAUAUUUUAUUUUACUUGUACCAAAUGUACCUGUCUUGUCACAAAGUCUGUUUUUUUUUAAAUUUCUUUUCAGCCACAGUAACCACAUAGGCAUACAUCAUCUUCAAAAUAAACAAUGAAAUUUAAAACUGGACUCUGAAUAAGAACAUCAGUGAGAAUAUGCAAGAAUAAAAAAAUGGUAGUUAAGAUUUUUCUCAACCUUACAAUAAACAAUUCAGACUUUUAUGCCCCACCAUGUCUCACCCCUGAAAACCUCACAUUCACAUUUCUAAAUUUUUACUAUAGUAACCUGAUUCACAAUAAUGCUACAUUUCAUUCAUAAUGAAUUUGAUCUGAGUCUCAGUAUUGUAACUGGCAUGUAAUAAGUACUCAAAAGUAUCUGUUGAAAGAAUAUCAUGUAGAUGAAACAACGUAUCCAUUCCUGUUGUAAAGGCCACCCUAGUCCAAGUCAUUCUUACCGGAGGAACAGAAUCUAAAUUGGUGGUUUUCCAAUUUAUUUGCCUGCACAUAAGAAUCACCUGGGCAACUUAAAAAGUAUAAAAGCCAAAACUCCAUACCAGACCUGCUGAAUAAAGAUUUCCCUUGGUCUAGAAGAUAACUGUAAUUCAACUUCCUCCCCUGACAUUAUAUCCUAUAGCAAAGCUUAUCUGAGUAAUAGUUUUGACAACAUGAUCUUUAUUUUAAAGAAAACCUUUGUCUCUCCACCUUCAAAUUUAAUCUGUCAUUCACAGGAAAGAAUUUCAGUCAUAAAGUAGGCAAAUAUCAGACAAACUGUUAAAACAGACCUGGCUUUGUACUUUAGCUAUAUCAUUUACUACUGAAAACCUUCAAUCAAAUUAUUUAAUCUAUCUACACCUAAUCCUGCCUACCUUGUGGUACAAAAUGUGCAUAUGAAAAAAAUGUAUGUGUGGCACUGGGCAUGGUGCCUGGCACCAUGAGAAAUAAAUGUUCUCACACACACGCCCUCCCUUUGCCAGUAUUUCCAACUAAUAGACCCUGGCUUUUCUCCAUCCUAAUCAAACAAACUUGCUUAGGUUAACCUCUGGAAGGCUCAUUAGCCCCCACCUGUAAGCCUUUGCUUGUGCCACUUAACUGUUGUUUUGGAAAUGAGCUAAAAGGACACUUUUAUGUUUUCCCCUACACUGCACAAACAUCUUCAGAUACACUUCUCAUAAUUCUAUGAGAUUUUCUCUUACUAUCAUGAAAAGCUGUUUACAAAUAACGUUAUUGUGUUAACUCCUAACAGUUUAUACAUUCCUUAAGGACAGGGACUAUGUCUUCAUUUAUAAGUACCCCAAUGGAUCCAGAUCCAUUUUUCUGCUAUGACAGUUCAACUGUAUUAUCUUUCAGCAGGAAUAAAAUCAAAGGAUCUAUAGGGUUGAGUGUGUAUGUAGUUGAGAACUAGUUGACAUGUGCAUGGUGAUACCUGUUUUUAGCCUGAUACCUCUUAGGACUCAGUACUGAUUUUUUAAAACCUGUUACAAAAUACACAUAAAAUUUCCCAUGCUAACCAUGUUUAAGUGCAGUUCUAUAGCAUUAAAGAAAUUCACAUUGUUUUUACCAUCACCACCCUCCAGCCACAGAACUCUUCAUUUUGCAAAACUUAACUCUGUACCCAUUAAACAUUAACUCCCCAUUUCCUUCUUCCUGAAGUCCCCUGCAACCACAACUGUAAUUUCUAACUCUGAAUUUGACUACUCUAGGUAUUUCAUAUUAAGUGGAAUCAUACAGUCUUUGUCCUUUUGUGACUGGCUUUUUUAAUUUAGCAUGAUUUCAUCAAGGUUCAUCAAAGUUAUAGCAUGUCAGAAUUUCCUUCCUUUUUAUGGCUGUAUAUUACUGAUUUGGGGGAGGAGGCACAACCAAAUGCCUGUUUUAACAGAUUACUUGAUUUAUUAGUAUGUGAUUCUAAAUAUUCCAUAAACACAACCUAUACAUUAGAGUAUCAAACAUUGUUCCAGUAAGGAGUUUAAGAGUACAUUUAGGGCUAUUUUAAGAAAUAUGUAUACUUUGGCUUUCAUUAUUACAACAAAUGAAAAAAGCAAUUCAAAGAACAGUUUUUAUCUCCUCUAGGAUUAACAACAAAACCAAGUAAAAAAAAAAUAAGUUAUUUAAAGAAAAAAAAAGACAAGUAAUUUUGAAAUACUUCACUACAUACACA